CUCCCCAUAAAUGGGAACCUCAAAUUUAGCUAAAUUAGCCCCACUACCAGACGCGUCUCGCGGUCGCCCAACAUCGUGGCUCCCACGCCAACGGCUUUGUCUUCCGUUCUCUCUCAACCCGAGCCAUAUUUCGAACAUUUUACGACAUUUUCGGAAGCGGCUGCGCACCGCGGCUUUCCGUUUGCGAACCCCAAGGUUGCGUGGUAUCCACCAUGGCCAAUGAACCUUCGCGUCGCCGGCCGAGGUCCCACAUCGAAAGCGAUGGCGAAGCCGACGCUGUCAGGCUCGGCGACAGGUCCCCCUCGGAAUCUUCAGAUACUUUCAAAAGACUAAGACUGCGCGGUGGAGAUGGGGACCACGAAUUUGACCAAGAGGAUCAGGAUUCUGAGGAAACACAGUCAAGCCCACCACCUCGUGUUAGCGAGUCACGAAAGCCCAACGGCAGCAGAGUCAAACCGGGCUUCCAUCCUGGCUCUAUCGUGCGUGUCAGCGUCGAGAACUUUGUCACGUACGAAGCUGCUGAUUUCUUCCCUGGACCGAACCUGAAUAUGGUGAUUGGACCAAAUGGUACGGGCAAGAGCUCGCUCGUCUGCGCGAUUUGCUUGGGUCUGGGUUACCAUUCCAACGUGUUGGGCCGGGCCAGCGCAUUUGGCGAGUUUGUGAAGCACGGAAAGGACCACGCAGUUGUCGAGAUCGAACUACAAAAGCGGCCCGAGGACCCCCAGAACAUCAUCGUCCGCCUUCGCCUUACUCGGGAGGACAACAGCCGAAAGUUUUGGGUCAACGGGAAGGAGAGCACCCACAAGGGAGUCCAGAAGCUCACCCAGUCUCUGCGCAUCCAGAUCGACAACCUCUGCCAGUUCCUGCCCCAGGACAAAGUCGCCGAAUUUGCUGGUCUGAAUGCGGUCGACUUGCUCACCAAGACACUACAAGCAGCCGCACCCGAGGAGGUAAUAAGAUGGCAGGAGGAGCUGAAGAGUCUCUUUAGCCAGCAAAAGGAUGCCGAAGGUCUUGUUUCCGCCGAUGCCGAGCAUCUAAGUCGCCUCGAGAGCCGUCAAGAGUCCCUACAGGCCGAUGUCCAGAAGCUUAGGGAGCGAGAAAAGAUAAAGCAUGUCAUCGAGGAACUCCAGAUGGCCCGCAUCAUGGUCGUCUACGAACAGGCGCGAAGAGAGUACACUACCGCCAAGAAACGGAAGAAGGAGGCUCAGGUGGAGCUGAAGAAGCUCCAGGACAGCUUUGCGCCGUCAAUCCAGGCGGUCAACGACAAACAAGAAUACCAGAAACGUAUCGAGCAAGUAUUCCAACAGAGGCAAAGAGCACUGAGAGAUGCCGAAGCCGCUGCCGACGAGAUCCUUGGAGAGCUUGAUGCCGUUAUCAACAAGAUCCAAGAUCUUGUGAACAAGGGAGAUGCCGAGAACGGGGCAUACCAGGCCAAACGAAGAGAGCUCGCAAGUAUCCGGAGGAAAAUCACCGAUUUAGAGGCGAGCCUGAAACAGUCUCCGAGGCAGUUCAAUGCCCCAGAAUGGAACACCAAGAUCAGGGAACAAGAACAUCUGCAGCGCGAGAACAGUGCUGCACGGCAGGAAGUCCAUGACGAGAUAGCGGAUAUCAAGAAACAGGGAAAUGAGAAGCAAUCAUUGGCGAAGAAGCUCGUUCAAGAUCUUGCGCAACUAGAAUCCCAACAGGGUCAACUGCUGACUCGGCUGAGAAAGAUGAAUCCCGACGUUGCCAGGGGCUGGGAGUGGAUCAAACAGAACCAGGACCAGUUUGACAAGGAAGUCUUCGGGCCGCCCAUGCUUAGCUGCUCCGUCAAGGACGAGAGGUAUUCUGAUCUCGUCCAGUCUCUUCUCCAAUCCGACGACUUCUUCUGCUUCACCACCCAGACCCGCGAAGACCACAAGAAGCUCAGCAACCAGCUGUACAAGGAGAUGUCGCUUUCUGUCACCGUCCGCACAUGUCUAAUGCCUCUUGCCUCGUUCCGCCCUUCCCUACCGCACCAAGAUCUGACCAGACUCGGCCUCGACGGAUACGUCAUCGACUAUAUCGAAGGCCCGGACCCGGUUCUGGCCAUGCUGUGCGCCGAAAAGCGGCUGCACGCCUCGGCCAUUGCUCUGAAGGAUGUCAACGAAGAACAGUACGAACAGAUCUUGGCGGGUGCGGCUAUCAAUCAGUUCGCGACCGGUAGACAGUCGUACCGGGUCACCCGCCGAAAGGAAUACGGCCCCUCUGCCACGUCAACGCGAGUUAGGCAGAUCGAGCAAGGCCGAUUCUGGACUGAUCAGCCCAUCGACAUGGCCGAGAAAACCGAGUUGAACCAGAAAUUAGCAGAGGUCAGGGACGAGAUUGACCAGCUCAAGACCCAGCUCGGCGAAUUUCAGCAAAAGGAUAAAGACCUCGAGCAAACUCGGGAUGAAUUGAAGAAUAAGCUUGAGGAAUUGAGGAGGCAAAAGAGCGAGCUUCAACAAGAGCAUAAUAGGUGGCUGGCAUUGCCAAACAAGAUUGAAAUGGAAAAUAAGACCCUCGCUGAGAAGCGAGAAGAGCUUGAUGGGACGAAGGCUCGCAUCGUGGCCCUUGAGGGACGGAGAGACGAAGCAGCAAUCCAAAAGGCCAAUAUCGUGCUCCGUCAUAAGGAAAAGGUCUCGGCCAUUCGGGCUGCCCACCUAGCAUUGCUUGAGGCUCAAGUUCGCCUGAUUGAGGCAAAGUCGGAAGUACAAUCCCUGACAGAGAGAAACACGGAGAUCCACCAGCGUCUCGAAGAUGAGAAGCGAUCCCUGAGGGAGAUAGAAAAGAGCAUGGGGGAGCUCAAAAAUAAGGCGCAGAGAGCUUUGGAGGACGCCGAGGCGAUCCCGGAGGAGACUUGGGACCGAACAAAACUCAUAGAGAUGGGGAGAGGCAAGUCUAUCGAAGACAUCGACAGUGACAUUCGCGCCGAGACGACCAGGCUCGACGUUAUCGAGGCCGGAAAUCCCCAUGCCCUGGACGAGUUUGAGAAGCGUGCCACGGAGAUUGAGCGAUUGGGACGGCAGAAGGGGCGGCGAGAGCAGGAGCUCAAGACCCUGAACGGCGAAAUCGAAGAACUCCGAGGAAGAUGGGAGCCCCGGGUCGACGAGCUGGUCGGGCGUAUCAACGAUGCGUUCAGCUACAACUUUGAGCAGAUCAGCUGUGCCGGCGAGGUGGGUAUUCACAAGGACGAGGACUUUGACAAGUGGGCUAUCGACAUCAAGGUCAAGUUUCGCGAAAACGAAACGCUCCAGAAGCUCGACCAGCACCGGCAGUCAGGCGGCGAGCGGGCCGUGUCGACCAUCUUCUACCUCAUGUCGCUGCAGUCGAUGGCGCAGGCGCCGUUCCGGGUCGUGGACGAGAUCAACCAGGGCAUGGACCCGCGCAACGAGCGCAUGGUGCACGAGCGCAUGGUCGAGAUCGCGUGCCGCGAGCACACCAGCCAGUACUUCCUCAUCACGCCCAAGCUCCUCUCGGGCCUGCGCUACGACGAGCGCAUGACGGUCCUCUGCAUCGCCAGCGGCGAGCACAUGCCGCAAGACGGCAAGAUGCUCGACCUCGCCCGCUGCGCCAAGAUACAGAGACGCCUGGUCGCUCCGGCCGGGGCGUAAAAGGGAAAGGGGGCGCUGUUACUCGAGGGGCGUUGGGUGGCGACUCGGUGGGAAUCUUUUACAUGGUAUGGUACUGGUCAUCUUCCGUGGGAUGGGUGUGGUAGGUAGGUAUCCGAAGUGGGUUCGGAUAGACUAGGUUGGGCUGCUAAGGGUAGAAUCUAAACCAUGGCGUCGGUUUUGGUCUCAUCUCAUAUACCCCCUCGCUUUACAGGACACGCUCCUUUUUCUCUCGCUUCAUUGGGCAUGACGAACGGGAUUGAACGGCUACGUAAUACGGUGUGAUUAUUGGUUGCCAAAGGCACCUCCUGAGAGGCGAAUUUCGAGGCCAUCUUGGACCCCAACCCAUCACAUGAACUCCAAUGCAGAGAGGCUGUCGUAUGAGACGAUCGUCCUG